AUGGCUCUUCUAGUUUGGCAUCCCUCUCCUCAGUGGCCAUUCAAUGAAAGGUCAAAGUCGGCGGCAGUUUCUCUCCAAAUAGCAGCUGAACCGUGGGGUCUGCCGUUCGUGAUGGAUAGUCCAUGCAGUCGGGUAACGGGUUCUAAUCCGCCAGAACAGGUUGGCUUCCGUGCUCGCUACGAAUUCGUGGACGAGAAAGAGUGGUCGGACAGGCCGAAUGCCAGAGAUUGCGAUGAAUUCCUCGAAGGCUAUGGUGGAGAAUCAAAUUGGAUGGCAAAAAAAUUCGCCCCUAAAACCAUUCCUAAAAUCAAUACCUAUGUGGACUGUAUCUGGAUCAUCGGACGCUUUCCACACAUGGCUCGGACAUUCGAUAGGAUAUAUUUGAAGAUCGAGGAAUUUCAUAUGAAAGGGGUCGGAUUACGACUGGAAAUACGGGAAGGAGCUUCGUCGACGUCGGAUCGCUUGCUGCUUUUGUUUGAUUCACAAACACGCGAUCAGGUUCAGCAUAAGCAGCCCAGGCACGGCUUCGCAACAACCUCAUCAACACCUGCGUUCUACAUACGACUCCGAGGGUAUCUCAUGGGAAGCAGUGGUUUGGAGAUCGUCUACACUCAGUUCUAUCGAUGGGCCACUGCUCUUUGCCCAGGCGUUGGCGAAUUUCACUGUGACAACGCACGCUGCAUAAAGGCAACUCUACGCUGCGACGGAACCAACCAUUGUGGUGAUGGCAGUGACGAACAUUGCCAACGUCCGAUUUCUGACUUCAAACAGCCUGAUACCGAUGUGUCGGGAUUAAUAGCGCUGGUAAUUGGUGUGUGUGGUCUGAUUCUACUGAUUAUCUCGACAACAGCCGUCAUGGGUCGAUUCUAUCGUCGACGACUAGCCGCCCAGCUGAAUGGCACCGAUCUGUCUGCACCCACCCCAUAUUCCGAUCCGACAGGGCCCUCAAUACAGACAGUGGGAGAACGGCGGUUUUAUGUCGUUCCGGAAAGUCAAAUAUCUGUCAUCGAAGCGCCACCCUCCUACGACGACGCUCUCAAGCAUCCACCGGUACCAUCAUCGCGGACUUCUGCCUUUUUGAAUCGUGCUUAUGUCAACAGUGCUUCCGAGGUAAGACAAUGGGGUGCUAACGCAGUUCGGUGGGGCUACGAGGCAGCGAACCUGGGCUCGGUAGAGUGCAGACGACUGGAGUCG